CAGCCUGCUUGCUGCCAGCUCUUGCUACUUCUGCCAGGGAUGACAUUCAGGAUACAGCGCUGGUCCCUCAUUAUGUAAGGCAGUCUAGGUCAAGUGUAGGAGAGACUCUACUGGCCUGAAUGAGCUAGUCGUAUUCCUGCUUCAGCUUUAAUGCUUCAUGGGGACAUAGACAUUGGAUUAUGACCUUUUGCUGCAUCUACUUGGUACUUCCUUAUGCAGGAGAAUAAAUGGUAAUUAAAAUGUGCAGGAUGAAAAGAUGGAGCAGCCAGUGCUUGUACCACCAGGACCUGACAGCUUUCACUACUUCACCAGAGAGUCUCUUGCAGCUAUCGAACAACGCAUCGCGGCAGAAAAGGCUAAGCAGUCCAAACAAGACCGUAAAGACGCCGACGACGAAAAUGGCCCCAAACCAAGCAGUGACUUGGAGGCAGGCAAAUCGCUGCCCUUUAUUUAUGGAGACAUACCUCCAGGAAUGGUGGCUGAACCCUUGGAAGACCUGGACCCCUAUUACAUUAAUAAAAAAACUUUUAUAGUAUUGAAUAGAGGGAAGGCAAUUUUCCGAUUCAGUGCCACUCCCGCCGUAUACAUUUUAACUCCUUUCAACCCUCUUCGAAAAAUAGCUAUUAAGAUUUUGGUACAUUCAUUAUUCAGCAUGCUCAUUAUGUGCACUAUUUUGACCAAUUGCGUAUUUAUGACCCUAAGUAAUCCUCCAGAAUGGACAAAGAAUGUAGAGUAUACGUUCACAGGAAUAUAUACAUUUGAGUCACUUAUAAAAAUAGUUGCAAGGGGCUUUUGUAUAGAUGGUUUUACCUUUCUCCGAGAUCCCUGGAACUGGCUUGAUUUCACUGUCAUUACAUUUGCAUAUGUGACAGAGUUUGUGGACCUGGGUAAUGUCUCAGCGUUGAGAACAUUCAGAGUUCUCCGGGCAUUGAAAACAAUAUCAGUCAUCCCAGGCCUGAAGACCAUUGUGGGAGCUCUCAUUCAGUCUGUGAAGAAGCUCUCGGACGUAAUGAUCCUGACUGUGUUUUGUCUGAGUGUAUUUGCUCUCAUAGGGCUCCAGCUUUUCAUGGGGAACUUGAGGCAUAAAUGCUUGUACUGGAACCCAGAUAAUUCCACUUCAAAUGAUACUUAUCUAUUUAAUAGCACAAUGGGAGAAAACGAUACAUUUAAUGGUACAAUGUUUGACUGGGAUGCGUACUUACAGAAUGAUGAUAAUUUUUACUUUUUGGAAGGACAAAAUGAUGCUUUGCUUUGUGGAAACAGUUCAGAUGCAGGUCAAUGUCCAGAAGGUUAUAUGUGUAUAAAAGCUGGUAGAAACCCCAACUAUGGCUACACAAGCUUUGACAGUUUUAGCUGGGCGUUCUUAUCUCUCUUUCGGUUGAUGACUCAGGACUUCUGGGAAAAUCUUUAUCAGCUGACCUUGCGAGCGGCUGGCAAAACCUACAUGAUCUUUUUUGUUCUGGUGAUUUUCCUGGGCUCUUUCUAUCUGAUCAACUUGAUCCUGGCUGUUGUCGCCAUGGCUUACGAUGAACAAAACCAAGCCACCAUGGAAGAAGCGGAGCAGAAAGAGGCAGAGUUCCAGCAGAUGCUUGAGCAGCUGAAAAAACAACAGGAAGCAGCUCAGGCAGCGGCGAUAGCAGCAGCAACAGCAUCAGCUGAGUCAAGAGAUCCCAGUGCAGGGGGAGGAGUUGAGGGGCUUUCUGAAAGUUCCUCUGCAGCAUCCAAGUUCAGCUCAAAGAGUGCUAAAGAGAGGAGAAAUAGAAGGAAGAAAAGAAAACAGAAAGAACAAUCUGGAGGAGAAGAAAAGGACGAAGAUGAGUUUCAUGGUUCUGAAUCAGAAGACAGCAUCAGGAGAAAAGGUUGCCGAUUCUCCAUUGAAGGGAAUAGGCUAACACUUGAACGGAAACACUCUUCUCCCCACCAGUCUUUGCUGAGCAUGCGCGGCUCCCUGUUUUCCCCAAGGCGCAACAGCAGAACGAGCCUUUUCAGCUUCAGAGGUAGAGCAAAGGAUAUAGGAUCUGAGAAUGACUUUGCUGACGAUGAACACAGCACAUUUGAAGAUAAUGAUAGCAGAAGAGAUUCCCUUUUUGUGCCGCGCAGACAUGGUGAACGGCGCAACAGUAACAUUAGUCAGGCCAGUAGGUCAUCCAGGAUGCUGGCAGUGUUUCCAGUGAAUGGGAAGAUGCACAGCACUGUGGAUUGCAAUGGGGUGGUUUCCUUGGUUGGUGGACCAUCUGUUCCUACAUCGCCUGUUGGACAGCUUCUGCCAGAGGUGAUAAUAGAUAAACCAGCUACUGAUGACAAUGCCACGACCACGGAGACGGAAAUGAAAAAGAGAAGAUCGAGUUCCUUUCACGUUUCUAUGGAUUUUUUGGAAGACCCUACUCUAAGGGAAAGAGCAAUGAGUAUAGCUAGCAUAAUCACAAACACCAUGGAAGAACUUGAAGAGUCACGACAGAAAUGCCCUCCUUGGUGGUACAAAUUUGCCAACACUUUCUUGAUCUGGGACUGCUGUCCAUGUUGGUUGAAAGUAAAGCAUUAUGUUAACAUAGUUGUUAUGGAUCCAUUUGUUGAUCUUGCUAUUACUAUUUGCAUCGUUUUAAAUACACUGUUUAUGGCGAUGGAACAUUACCCGAUGACCACCGAGUUUAGUAACGUGCUGUCAGUUGGAAAUCUGGUGUUCACUGGAAUCUUCACAGGAGAAAUGUUUCUCAAACUAGUAGCCAUGGACCCCUAUUAUUACUUUCAAGAAGGCUGGAACAUUUUUGAUGGCUUUAUUGUAACCCUUAGUUUGGUUGAACUUGGCCUUGCAGAUGUGGAAGGGCUGUCAGUUCUUCGGUCUUUCAGACUGUUGCGAGUUUUCAAGUUGGCUAAAUCCUGGCCAACCCUAAAUAUGCUGAUAAAGAUCAUCGGCAACUCAGUGGGAGCCCUGGGAAAUCUGACCUUGGUCUUGGCCAUCAUUGUCUUCAUCUUUGCUGUGGUUGGCAUGCAGCUGUUCGGCAAGAGCUACAAAGAAUGUGUCUGCAAGAUCGCGAAAGACUGUGAACUUCCCCGCUGGCACAUGAACGACUUUUUCCACUCUUUCUUGAUUGUCUUCCGAGUCCUUUGUGGAGAAUGGAUAGAAACUAUGUGGGAUUGCAUGGAAGUUGCUGGACAAGCCAUGUGCCUUACUGUCUUCAUGAUGGUCAUGGUGAUUGGAAAUUUAGUGGUACUGAAUCUAUUUUUGGCCUUGCUGCUGAGCUCCUUCAGUGCCGACAACCUAGCUGCCACAGAUGACGACAACGAAAUGAACAAUCUCCAGAUUGCCGUGGCGAGAAUCGACAAAGGGGUAGACUACAUGAAAAGGAAAAUCCGUGAAUUCAUCCAGAAAUCCUUCGUUAAGAAGCAAAAGGCUUUGGAUGAAAUCAAACCUCUUGAGGAGCUAAAUAAGAACAGCUGUGUUUUGAACCACACUAUAGAAAUCGGCAGGGAUCUGGAUUACCUUAAGGAUGGAAAUGGAACCACAAGUGGCAUCGGCACGGGUAGCAGUGUGGAAAAAUAUAUCAUUGAUGAAAGUGAUUACAUGUCCUUUAUAAACAACCCGAGCCUGACUGUGACUGUGCCAAUCGCUGUUGGAGAGUCCGAUUUUGAAAAUUUAAAUACAGAGGAGUUUAGUAGUGAAUCGGAUUUGGAAGAGAGCAAGGAGAAACUUAAUUCUUCUAGCUCAUCUUCUGAAGGUAGCACAGUUGAUAUUGGAGCUCCUGCAGAAGAGCAACCAGUAGUAGAAGCUGAGGAAGCACAAGAACCAGAAGCUUGUUUUACAGAAGGUUGCAUACGAAAAUUCAAGUGUUGUGACGUUAGCGUAGAAGAUGGAAAAGGAAAACAGUGGUGGAAUCUUAGAAAAACCUGCUUCCGAAUAGUGGAACACAACUGGUUUGAAACCUUCAUUGUCUUUAUGAUUCUUCUUAGCAGUGGUGCUCUGGCAUUCGAAGACAUAUAUAUUGAACAACGGAAGACAAUCAAGACCAUGCUGGAAUACGCUGACAAAGUCUUCACGUACAUCUUCAUUCUAGAAAUGCUUCUGAAGUGGGUGGCCUAUGGUUAUCAAACUUACUUUACUAAUGCCUGGUGUUGGCUGGACUUCCUGAUUGUUGAUGUUUCUUUGGUUAGCUUAACAGCGAAUGCUUUGGGUUAUUCGGAACUGGGUGCCAUUAAGUCCCUCCGGACGCUAAGAGCUUUGAGACCUUUACGAGCUUUGUCAAGAUUUGAAGGGAUGAGGGUGGUUGUGAAUGCCCUUUUAGGAGCAAUUCCAUCCAUCAUGAACGUGCUUCUCGUUUGUCUUAUAUUCUGGCUAAUUUUCAGCAUCAUGGGCGUAAAUCUGUUUGCUGGCAAGUUCUACUACUGUGUUAAUACCACAAAUGAUGAAAGGUUCCCUGCUGAGCAAAUCAACAAUUUCACUCAGUGUCAAGAACUUAUACAAAGAAAUGAAACAGCCCGAUGGAAAAAUGUGAAAGUUAACUUUGAUAAUGUAGGCUUUGGUUAUCUUUCUUUACUACAAGUAGCUACGUUUAAAGGAUGGAUGGAUAUUAUGUAUGCAGCAGUUGAUUCAAAAAAUGUAGAACAGCAACCUGAGUAUGAGGUCAAUCUUUACAUGUAUCUUUACUUUGUCAUCUUCAUAAUAUUUGGUUCUUUCUUCACCCUGAAUCUGUUUAUUGGUGUCAUCAUUGAUAACUUCAAUCAGCAAAAAAAGAAGUUUGGAGGUCAAGAUAUCUUUAUGACAGAAGAACAGAAAAAGUACUACAAUGCAAUGAAAAAGUUGGGAUCAAAAAAGCCACAAAAACCUAUACCUAGACCUGGGAACAAAUUCCAAGGUGUGGUCUUUGAUUUUGUGACAAAACAAGUUUUUGACAUCACUAUCAUGAUUCUUAUCUGCCUUAAUAUGGUCACCAUGAUGGUAGAAACAGAUGACCAAAGUGAUGAAAUGGAAAAAAUUUUAUAUCGUAUUAACAUGAUAUUUAUUGUCCUGUUCACUGGAGAAUGCGUCCUAAAACUGAUUUCCUUGCGCUACUAUUAUUUCACCAUUGGAUGGAACAUUUUUGAUUUUGUGGUUGUCAUCCUCUCCAUUGUGGGUAUGUUUCUAGCAGAGAUUAUUGAGAAAUACUUUGUGUCUCCCACUUUGUUCCGAGUUAUCCGACUUGCCAGGAUAGGUCGAAUCCUGCGGCUUAUCAAGGGUGCUAAAGGGAUCCGCACCCUGCUUUUCGCCUUGAUGAUGUCUCUACCUGCCUUGUUUAACAUUGGUCUCCUGCUUUUCCUUGUCAUGUUCAUCUAUGCUAUAUUCGGAAUGUCCAACUUUGCCUACGUCAGGAGAGAAGUUGGGAUUGAUGACAUGUUCAACUUUGAAACUUUUGGCAACAGCAUGAUCUGCCUCUUCAUGAUUACCACCUCUGCUGGCUGGGAUGGUUUGCUAGCACCCAUGCUCAACAGUGGGCCCCCAGACUGUGACCCCAAUUUGCCUCACCCAGGAAGCUCAGUCAAAGGAGACUGCGGCAACCCCUCUGUUGGGAUUUUCUUCUUUGUGAGCUACAUUAUCAUAUCCUUUCUAGUCGUUGUAAACAUGUACAUUGCUGUUAUUCUGGAGAACUUUGGUGUAGCAACUGAAGAGAGUAGUGAGCCUCUGAGCGAGGAUGAUUUUGAGAUGUUCUAUGAAGUCUGGGAAAAGUUUGAUCCCGAUGCAACUCAGUUCAUGGAAUUUGAAAAACUCUCUGCAUUUGCAGCUGCUUUGGAGCCUCCUCUUCAUUUACCUAAACCAAAUAAGGUCCAGCUUAUUGCAAUGGAUCUCCCCAUGGUAAAUGGUGAUCGAAUUCACUGCCUUGACAUAUUAUUUGCUUUUACAAAACGCGUACUGGGGGAGAGCGGAGAGAUGGAUGCUCUUCGCAUUCAGAUGGAAGACCGUUUCAUGCAGUCCAAUCCUUCCAAAGCCUCCUAUGAGCCCAUCACGACGACAUUAAAACGAAAACAAGAGGAGUUGUCCGCUGUCAUUAUCCAGCGGGCAUACAGACGAUAUCGUCUCAGACGAACAGUAGCCCAAGCUUCCUUUGCAUAUAAAAAUAAAAUUCUAGGAAUCACUGGCCAACGUCUCAAAGACGAAAUUCUCAUUGACAAGUUAAAUGAAAACUCGUACACGGAAAAAACAGACCUGACCAUGUCAACAGCGAUGUGCCCUCCAUCCUACGACCGCGUAACCAAGCCCAUUGAAGAAAAGCACGAAAAGGAAGACAAAGAUGUACAGAAGAAAAAGUAGAACCUACAUUAACAAUUCUGAUUGUGUGACAAAUUGUUUACAGCCUGUGUGAGUAACAUAAUUGUGUCUACAGGACUCCUCUAGAGAGGUGUAUGCCAAACUGACAGUUUUUACAAAAUAUAUUGUAUUCUUAAGGUCAGUGCCUAUAACAAGACAGCAGCCCCUCGUCAACCAAAUGUGACUAUAACAUGAAGAAAGAAUGACAGGAGGCUACUGUUUUCAUUACCAGCUGACACUGCUGAAGAGGAGAGAGAAAAUGGCUACUCAGACUGUGGGGACCAGUCCAAGGGGUUAAAACCAAUAUUUUUUUGUGUGUCAAACAUAAAAAAAACACUUAUUAUACAGUCAGUGUAUCCACUCUUUGCAUUUCAACUGCCACAUUUGCCAUCUUUUUACAAAAACAAAAAUCUGUGUUGGUGGAUUCAUCUCUCUUUCCCCCCCUUCCUUUUUAUUCACACAUUGUGACUAUUUUUGUAAAUGGGGUUUAUGUUGGGGAUGGGAUUCAGUACAAAUGGUACCGGUAUGAGGACCAGAUGUUCUAUUAUACGACUCUCUGAUAUGCACACCAAAAUGAUUUGCAUGGAGGCAUGUUGCACUUAUAGAUUCAUGCAUGGGGAGAAAAACAAACAAAAAGCAUUAUGUCACAAAAGCG